AUGAAAGCACUAUCACCAGUACACAGUUUACAUCACAUAAACACAGUGGCAUCAGAUGUAAGGAUCAUUGAUCCACAACACAAUGCUGGUGACAUUGAUCUUUUGCAUCAAAUUGGAUACAAGCAAGAGUUACGCCGUCAUUACACCACGUUGCAAGUCAUUGGUAUACCACUUUCCAUCAUGGGGUCGAUUGUACCUAGCGUGGCUUCUGUUCUUAGCAUGGGUUUGGAAUGUGGUCCUGCUGGUCUAGUUUGGGGUUGGUUUAUUGCAGGAUGCUUGGUAUUUUGCGUUGGUCUUUCCUUGAGUUUUUUGGGGAGUGCCAUACCAACUAGUGGUGGGCUUUAUUAUUAUACAAACUACUAUUGCCCCGACAAGUAUAGGGUACCCUUGAGCUAUUUGAUUGGUUGUUCAAACUCACUUGGGUUGAUGGGGGCUAUUUGUAGUGUAACUUACGGUUUUGCAACUGAAGUAAUGUCUGCUGUUUCAAUAUCUACUGACAACAACUUUGAAAUCACAAAUGCAAAGACUUAUGGGGUAUUUGCUGCUUGCAUUGUGACGGUGACAGCUGUAUCAACCUUGACAUCUAGAAAGGCAGAGAAGUUGCAAUUUAUGUCAAUCGGUGUCAACAUAUUCUUGAUGUUGUUGUUUUUCAUCGCAGUGCCUAUUGGAUUCUCAAGACACAACUCUUUCAACUCGAGAGGCUUUAUCUUUGGCAAGUAUGAGAAUGCAAGGGAAUGGCCAAUUGGCUGGAGCGCCAUCAUGUCAUUUAACACUGCGAUAUGGGCUAUUGGAUCUUUUGACUCGGUCAUAUAUUGCUCGGAAGAAGCCUUGAAUGCCCAGAGGUCAAUUCCUGUGGGUAUAUUAGGCUCGAUCACUAUUGUGUGGGUCUUGGGGUGGACGGUAAACGUCGUUUGCGCAGCCUGUAUUAAAGAUGGCGAUACUGCUCGUGUUCUCAGCACGGAAACAAGAUCAGCAAUAGCUCAAAUUAUUUACGAUGCUUUGGGGAAAAGAUGGGCAGUAGCAUUUAUGUCAUUGAUUUCUGUGGGGCAGUACCUUAUGUCAGUUUCCUUCAUUACGGCAUUGUCGAGACAGAUUUGGUCAUUCGCAAGAGAUGAUGGGUUGCCCAUUGUUUAUGAGUUUGUCAAGUAUGUCAACCCGAAGUUGAAAGUGCCAGUAAGGGCCACAAUAUUUGCUGGGACAUGUGCUUUGAUCAUGGGGUGCUUGUGUAUCAUUCCAGGCACCGCUGGAUCAAAUGCUUUAUUCUCCCUCGCUAUAGCUUCCACGAACUUGGCUUGGGGAAUGCCUGUGUUCUUAGUAAUUCUACCAUAUGGUAGAAAAAAGUUUAUUCCCGGGCCGUUCUACUUUGGUGACACGUUAACCUACAGCGUCAAUGUCAUCACUGUUCUUUACAUCGUGUUUGCCAUCAUUAUGAACAUGUUCCCCGAUAACAAGCAUGUUGACAAAGACAGCAUGAACUAUACUUGUGUGAUCAACGGAGGUGUUUGGUUAUUGUCUGUGAUAUACUAUUAUGCUUGGGGUUGGAGAAGCUACACUGGUCCAAAGAGUAAUCUAGAUGGUCUGGAGUCAGAAGAAGAGAAAAAACUCGACGAGGUGUUGGAGGAAAAGGAUGCUUGA